AUGUCCAACCCCCAGAACGGCGCUCUCCAGCCGUCCGCCUCGGGCCGGAGCUUCAAACGAGCCGCUGUGGCGUGCAAAGCGUGCAACAUUCGCAAGGUGAGGUGCACCGUCACCCUGUCCGGACCCCCGUGCGCAAACUGCACCAUCGACGGCAUUACUUGUGUAGUCUUGAGCCGGAAGAGACGCCGCAACUCGGAUCAACUUCCCACUCCCGUAUCGGGAGACCAACCCGCCGGGGAGGACUCGGCCAUCACCGCGCAGAGGGGCGAGCCUCGGCCUCGGCGGCGUCUACUCGAGCCACAACAGCAGGGUCUGGGUCUCUUCACUCCCGUACUGGACGACGAAAAAGAGGUUGACUCCCAAACCGACCGCGUCACGUCUGCGCCGCCUGAAGGAAGUCAGCGGAGCCCCCACCCUCCCAGCACUGGCGGGCCGAGGUCAUGGACGCCCGAACGGCCGGCCGAGACAAACCCGCCAACGGUCGAGAGGCCAACUGCGCAGCAGCCAAACCGGCCUUACGAUGCCGUUAGAUCUCUGCUUCAGACGACCAACCCGCGGCCGCCGGAGCCCCCCGAAUCCGGCGAGGACAGCUCCGCGUAUGCCAAAACCCUGGCAGGUGGUGGUGGUGGGAAGACCCGCGAGGACGGCUGCGUCCCCUUCUAUCCAGGAGACCAACGCGGGCCCGCGUUCCUGAUCGACAUCUGCGAGCCCAAUCGGCCCUCGGCGGACAACCACUUCAUGGUGCCCAUGCCGUCCAUCAAGGCGCUCUCGCCGGAGGACGUCAACUACCUGAGAGCCAAGGGCGCCUUCACGCUGCCGCCGGUCCGCGUCCGCGACGCCAUGAUCCGGUGCUACUUCCACUACGUGCAUCCGUUCGCGCCGAUCCUGGACGCCGGGGAGUUCAUCACCGAGUACGAGAGGGGGCGGAAGAGUCUUCUGCUGCUGUGGAGCAUGUUCAUCGCGGCGGCGAGCUUCGUCGACGACAGCUUGUUGACUGCGGAUUUCUUCCCGUCCAAGAGGGCGCUAAAGAGGGCCAUGUAUCAAAGAGCAAAGGCUCUAUAUGACGCAGACUACGAAAAAGACAAGGUGACGUUAAUCCAGUCCGUCUUCUUGAUGGGACACUGGUACACCAGCACAGACGACAGGGCCGGGCCGUGGCACUGGAACGGCAUCGCCAUCAGCCUCUCUCACACCAUCGGCCUCCAUCGUCUGCAGGUGCCUGCCAGUAGCCAACAGGCCUCGCAAGGGAUCAAGCCUCUGUGGCGACGUCUCUGGUGGUCGCUGUACACCCGUGAGGUGUGGCUGUCCCUGGGUCUGGGCAGGCCGAUGAGAAUCGCCUUUGACGAUUUCGACACGCCCAUGCCCGCUGCCUGCGACGCCGAUGUCAUCCCCGCCGAGGUCAGAUGGGACCUCGGGAGAAAAUACCUCCCUGAAGACCUCUGCUUCCUGUUCGAUCUCUGGGUUUCCUUUGUCGGGCUGUCGACCGCCCUCAGCCACGUCCUGUCGACCAAUUACCGGGCGAAGGGGGUGAAGCCGUCCAAGGCCGACAUCGAGCACAGUGAGAGCAAGAUCCGAGCCUAUCAGUCUGCGAUACCCGAGUCUGCGAGCCAAGGGCAGGUCGUUGCCUCUCACGUACACCAGUUCAAGCUCUAUUUCGAAACCUCCAUCAUCGUCCUUUACCGGCCCUUCAUCCUCGACACUCCGAGAGAGGUCCCGGCCUCGGACCAGGAAAGCUGGAGGGCGUUUGCCUGCCAGAAGACGAGGACGGCCGCGUCCAACGCGAGUGCCGCGAUGAACUCCAUGAUGGCCGAGGACCUCAUCCGCCUCUGCCACACCCUCACAGUCAUUGCCGUCGUGCCCCCAAUGCAAAUCCACCUCUACGAAUCAACAUCAUCGAAGCCAAUGGCCCGCCAGAGAGGCAGACACAACCUUGCCCUCUUCAUGCUCGCCCUAGACGAGCUGCGAACGGCCUACAUCUCGGCAGAGGCAGCCUAUACCCUCUUCGAGGCGGCCAUCGGCAAGAUCGAGAUGACGCCGGCAGACGAGGAGCAGCAGCAGCAGCAGCAGGCGCCACAGGCGUCCCCGACGGCCCGGAGUCCAGACAACUGUGUCUCCGGGAGCUGGCUCGACGGCUGCGGUAUGGGCUUCACGGGUCUCUUCGCGGAUAUGUGGACGCCGCUGCCGAUCGCGGGUGCGGACGAUGCGUCGCUGUCUGGAACCCACACCGAGUCGUGGUUAGACAUUGAGGCAAUGGACAGGCUGUGGGCUUUUGAUGAUCCCAACAUGUCAUGA